UACGUAAAUAAAUAUGAUGAUAUGUAGAGACAGACAAUAAGUAAUUAAUAAGGACUUGAAAUAAGAGAAAGAAAGGGAGCCUUUGGUCUUAAUUAGUAGAUUAGAUUAGUGGCAAGCUUUUAUCUGAGUUUUUAUAACACUUCUUUCUUUGCUACUCUUCAACAAUGGCCAAUUUUCACACAAACUUUACUAUUCCCACACCUCCUCAUUUUUUCAAGAUUAUUCUUCAGAAAACUCUUCAUGACAACAAGAUACAAAUACCAAAGAUAUUUUGGGUGAAAUAUUGUGGUUGUUUAUCAAGUCAAGUAUUUCUUAAGCUUCCAUGUGGAUCAACAUGGGAGGUAGGGUUAACAAAAAGUAGUGAUGGAAAGGUAUGGAUAGAAAAGGGUUGGAAUAUUUUUGCACAAAAUUGUUCCUUAAGCCGAGGAAAUCUCCUUGUCUUUAGAUAUGAAGGGAAAUCUCAGUUCCAUGUUAUCAUAUUCGACAUUACCACUACAGAGAUAGAUUAUUCUUCUCAUUUUGAGAAGCAUAAUGUUGUUGAUUCUGAUGAAGAUGAGGAUUCUAUUAGAGUCUUGGAAAAUAGGGGAAAAUCUCCAAUACCAUGUUCUGCUAGGCCCCAUAAGAAAAUGAAUACUAAAUCUAAAGUCAUGAAGUGGGAUUUGUCUGAUAAAGAUUGUGGAGAAUCUUCUCUACCACGGUGGAUGGAACCUGAAUAUUUUUUAGGGAAACAGAAGUUAAAUGCAAAAGACAGGGCUGAAGCUGUCAAAAGAGCUAAAGGUUUUAAAUCUAAAGACCCCUUUUUCAUGGUUUUCAUGCAACCAUCCUUUGUUGGAGCUAAGUAUAAUAUGGUUAUACCAUUUCUCUUUACAAAAUAUUACCUCCUCAGCAGCAUUAGUAAUUCUCAAGAUGUAAUCCUUAAGAUUCAAGAUGGCAGAACCUGGUCUGUUAAGUACUACGUAACAUUGGCUGAAGGAUCUCGGAGAGCCAGAUUCGAGACUGGUUGGAAGGAAUUUGCUGUACAUAAUAAUUUGAAAGUAGGUGAUAUUUGUGCCUUUGUUUUGAGGAAAAGUAUUGGGGUAAUGUUGUUUGAAGUUGUUACUUUUUGUGGAAAUUAUGGAGUAGUGAACUCUCCUAUGUUACCAGAACUUAGUGCCAGGACAAAAGGAAGCCAGUCAUGUAAAGUAGAAUCUUGUGACAUUGUGAACAAAAGAAAUGGCUUAAAACCAUUUAUUAGCUUUGCUAAAACUUCAGCUCAUAAAGGACCAAGUUCUUCUCAAACUAAAAGGCCAUCCUUUACAGCUACUAUGAGUGAUGCCUAUGCAACUGGUCGUUGUUAUUUAGUCUUGCCAUGCAAGUUUGUGAAGGAGUACAUUAAUAAGAAAGAAUGUGAGGUAAGACUUUUGGUUUCGAAUGGUAGAUGUUGGUUUGUCCAAUUGAAGGUUAGGCAGAUAAACCAACGUCCGACAGCUGAAUUGUGCCGAGGCUGGAGAGCAUUCGCCUUGGAAAAUAGUCUGCGAGCCGGCGAUAUUUGCACAUUUGAAUUAACUAUUGACAAUGGCAAUGAAGUUUCAUUUAAAGUUUUCAUUGAUAAGAAGAAAGUUUCAAAUAAGAGAAGAACUAUUACACCAUCCAAGCGAAAGAGAAACCCUUGUGUGAAAAUUGAAUCCUCUUCUGAUUUUGAGAAAGCCAAGAAAAUCAAAGUUGAACCUAAUUCAGCUGAGAACUCUCUUUAGCAAGGAGAUGUGUGCAUUUUGAGCUGAAUAAGAGGAAUCAAGCUGAGAUGAAAGUUUACACAUAUUUAGAGAAAGUGAUUUGGCUCAAGACUAGUAAAUUUUGUAGUUAUAUAUCUAGCAAUGACUUAGAGGGUUGCUUUAACUAACCCUUAAUGUUAUGAUUAUUUUUUUUAUCAGCUUUUUGUAGUUAAUAUUAUGACUCUUGAACUGUAUAAAUAUAUUUAUUGUGAUAUAAUUUUUGGUGUAUUUUAAUUUUUUAUCUUAA